AUGCCUCGAGGAACCAGAAACCACAGACGUUCACGACCCCGAGCUGCGAAGAUCACACAAAGCAAGCAACGCGAGAUCGAGAGAGAUGAGUACAGGCUCUUUACGUAUCAGGAGUCUUGCUUCAAGUGUGUCGCGAUUGUCCAACUGUCCGACCUAUCCGUUGGGCGUAAUGCGAGCCGGCUUAUUGAAGAUCGCCAGAAUGUGGUGCGGCUGAAACGGACUUUGAGAUCACAAGGAUGUUACCGUAUGAGCAAAGCUUUUCAUGUGCCCGUCGUGAUCGACGCGGUGGUCUGGGAUGCUGGACGAGUCUGGCUCGAGGCCUCCGCGUUGCCUCCUGAUCUGCCAUUUGAUCAACUAUGUAAAAGCCCGGACUACACACUGCUAGCCCUGGAUCAAGAAAGUCUCAUCACGGCCGCCAGAGCGAGAUUCCAGGAGCUAGGUGAAGAAAAUCCAUGGUGGAUAGUGGACGUGUAUGUGACUACCUCAGGUCACCCUGGAUCUCUUGAUCAGGAGCUUAUUCGCACGCUUCGAGAAAAUUUCCGCAAAGAACGAUUUCCCUGCGACGGGCGCAUCUACCAAAGUAUUCGUUUCUAUCAAGGCGCGACUGGUGGGCGUCGUAAUCAAAUCGCCGAGAACUUCUGGUGGGCGGUCCUACAGAGCGAGCCUGGCAGCCGAAAAGCAGACUACCUGCGUGCACUUCCUCAACCCCUGGUGGACGGAUUCGAUGCACUUCUGCCCAUAAAGGGCCUCUGGGCCGAUAUGAGUAUUGGUGUCUUGCACAAGCUGAGAGCCAUGCGAUGUAACGAGGUGAUGCUACUCGUCUCUACCCAUCGCGUUUUCUAUAACCUGGUAGGAGGGCAGGUGGAUCUCCUUUCCCAAAUCGAUGCGAUGACGGUUCACCUAUUGCAGUCCCGAGCGCCUGGGGUCUCAGCCCGGGACUUGAAUUUCCUCCGCCUGAAACAAAAUAGACUCUUUAAGUACAUCGACUGCCAACGAGACCGUGAUGCAAUCUGGCAGAGAAUGGAGCGGAUUCAUCUCCCCAUCCCGACACUGAAGACCUUCUUCCAGGAUAUCCUCUUCCUCGAUGUCGGACAGAGCGUAAUGCGCCAACUCUGUCGUAGCCCUUUAACGGCGACGCGAUCAAUUGACCAAGCUUUGGAAGAACAAUACAUUGUAGAAUCAGGAGGACUCGGGUACAAUCUGUCAAGAAUUUCUGGAAGUCGGUUCCGGUCGGGACUCUGGAAUCUUUGGCGAUUCAGCCAGCAGUUCGCUUUCGAGCUGACAACGCAGAAGGACCAUCAUCGCCGCGUGCCUCGGAAAAUGGAGGAUAUAGAGCGUGCACAAGAAUAUGGGCUCCAUGAAAUCCCCACCGCAGAGAUGGUUCCCUCUCUCCGAUUCCACUUCUUCGGCCUAGCCCGUCUCCACGGGAUUCAUCCUCCGGUGUCUGUCAACGACACGGAGAGAGCUAUAUCUGAGAUCCCCUUGCAGGUGCAAUCCGAUUUCCCGCCAGAGGAGGGCCAAGAUGUGGAUCUGGAACGGCGCUGUGGCAAGCCUUUUACCGACUCUAUUGAAGCCGACCGAUAUGCCCUCUCCUUCGAGUCGCUCGCACAUCCUACUAUCCAAGUACGUGUCAGCGCGGUUUCGGUGCGACAGUCCGUAUUUAAUGCCUUUUUUUCAUAUCUCCUUCCCCAAGAGAUUGACAGUCAGGAGGGUAGCGGAUUUUGGCAGGAAUCUGAUGCUGGUGUGACUGCGGGACCUGAAUCUUUUAACCUGGCACCUGAAACUUACGAACAUGUGCAUCCGUCUCCCGUUCGCCCACCUAGGACCCCCGCAAACUUUGAGCCCCUGCAGCCGAACUACAGCCCGAUUUUGGGCGAUCCUUUCUCUCAUUCAGAACAGUUGCACUCUGUCCAGAUCACGCACUUCAGAUUCGAGAUCCCAAGCUUCCGGGAGGGGGCUAUUUGGCUUCCCUAUAAUCGAGGCGCUCUGGACGCAUUUUUCGAACAUCUGAGCCAACGGGGUACCAGGGGAGUGAUAGCUGACAAUGUGGAAACGUUGGUUGAGGGAGCGAUUGAACUUGUCCAGAGUGCUCAAGCAGGCGCCUUUGAAUAUAAUGGAAUUUGA